AUGUCGCCAUACUAUCUGAAUGACUCGUGCACACCGUUCAUCAAGAACAGCUCUAGCUCUGGCCAGUGCACGCUUGGAAACUCGCCUUCGUAUGCCAUAGCAGUCAGCAGCACGGAAGAUAUACAAGCCGGUAUAAAUUUCGCCCGAGAGAAGAACAUACGCCUCAUCAUCAAGAACACUGGUCAUGACUAUCUUGGACGUUCCAAUGGUAUGGGGUCCUUGUCGCUUUGGACCCACAAUCUGAAGACUAUGAGCUUUUCCAAUUACAGCAGUCCGCUAUAUGUUGGCCCGGCUGUUAAGCUUGGCGCUGGCGUUCAGGCUUAUGAGGUUUACGGCGCUGCGAACAAGCAAGGCUUGCGUGUAAUCGGUGGACUAUGCCCAACUGUCGGACUAGCAGGUGGCUACGUCUCCGGUGGUGGCCAUGGCUUACUCAUGGGCAAGUACGGCAUGGCAGCAGACAAUACGCUUGAGUUUGAAGUCGUGACGAGUGAUGGAGAGUACAAGAUUGCAUCGCCAACACAAAAUGCCGACCUCUUCUGGGCGAUGAAUGGUGGCGGUGGCGGCGCAUACGCAAUAGUUGUUUCGCAGACCACCAGAGCCCACCGUGAUGGCGCGGUCGCUGGAGGCUACCUCAGCUUCAACAACACCAAUGACGAAGUAUUCUGGGCCGCGAUGACCUCAUGGCAGGAGCAGCACUUUGCUCUCCAAGCGGUCCAGGACCUGACAACAGAAUGGAACAUGAAUAAUGGGCAGCUCACUAUCCUCCUCACCCUACCGGACGGCCAGACCGAUACCAUCAACACGAUUCUCAAUCCCUUCGUCACGCGCCUGCAAGCACUCAACAUCACAUACUCCAACUUCACAUCCUAUGAACCUGACUUCCUCGCUCACCAUCUUCGCUACACGCCCGGCGCUCCAUAUGGAACACACACUACAAACGAUGUUGUAGGGAGCCGCUUCAUCCCAGGUUCCGCAGUGAAAGAUCACCUCCCCGACCUAAUCGAAAAGAUGCGUUCCAUCGCAUCGCUGCCGAACGCCGAUUUCCAAAUCAACGGCAUCGUCGGGAACGUCUCGCACGCCCGCGUCGGUAACACUCCUUCCACCAACGCCGUCUUUCCUUCUUGGCGCGAUUCUCUGUACGCCCUAGUUCUGGAUGUAUACUGGGAUCCUGUAAGUCCCUUGUCGGAGCUGCAAGUUCUCCAAGACCAAAUGCUGGACAACCAGAACAUGUUCAAAGACUUGAGCCCCGGGUCGGGAUCGUAUGUCAACGAGGCGGUGGCGACGAACCCUGAGUGGAAGGAAGACUACUUUGGAAUAAACUACGGGAGGUUGUUGGAAGUGAAGAGGAAGUACGACCCGACGCACUUGUUAUAUGGGCCUGCGUCUGUGGGCAGCGAUUUCUGGAGAGUCGAGUCCGAUGGGAGGUUGUGUGUCGCAAAUCAGACUAUGUUUUAG